UGUUCCUGUAUUCGAAACUGCCAACUCCAAGAGCUGUCUCCUGCUGUCUUAUUAACAAUAAUAGUUGGAUCUUUAUGCGCAUAAUGGCGGAUCGAAAGCCGUGUAAGGUGUGCAGCUUUACACGCCAGAAGUCAUAUGGCUUGGUUGUUCCUUCGCUUGAGGAGUUGAAGGUAAAAGGAAGUGAGUUUCUUGGUUUCACACCACAUGACCCAGUCACAGUGGUCUUAGAAGACGAUGGGACAAUCGUCGAGGACGAGGCCUACUUUUGGUGUUUACCCUUAAACACAAAGUUCAUGCUGCUGCAUGACAAGGAGACAUGGUCACCGCUUCGCAGGGUUGAUGGUGGCACAGCGUGGAUGGCGAGGGAUUCCAUGACACUUGAGAGCGACGUUGUGGACACAGCCCUUGUUGCUGCACCAUGGUGGGGCUUGGCUUUACAGCUGAAACAGGACCUGGCCAGCGUCAUUCUCAUGUCUGAGGAAGACUUACAGAGCUUGGUGGAUGUCCCCUGCCCUGAGCUAGCUUCUGCUCUCGGCUUCCAAGAAAAGAAGACUGGGAACCUUCAGGAAACACUGCAGAGGGUUUUGGACCGUCGUGAGGAGGAGAGGCAAUCGAAAGAGUUGCUCCAACUCUUCCUCAAAGCAGUAGAGAAAGAAGACGGACAGCCGCAGCAGGAGACCAGACGACCCAGCGAGGGAGGUUUGGAUGCGCCUGAUGGGAUGGAGGUGGAUCAAGCAUCUGGAUUCAUUUCCAGGACUUUGAUGGUCCUGAAAGGCAAGACAAGCCCAGAGACCAGACUCUCCACUGAAGAUCUCCAGAUGGUGGUGGCCAAAGGGCUGGAAGCUAUGCAGCAGGUACUACGCUGGGACAAAGUCAGGACGUCGACGCUGCUUCAAGACUGCGAGUCCGAGCUAAAGCGACGUCUUCAACAGGUUCAGGCCGCACAGUCGAUGAGGGGCAACUCGCCACAGGGGGACAGCAGCCAGCCGCCUAAUGAAAAGAACAGCGAGGAGAGCGAAGGAACACCACCUCAAAGGGGCAAUUAGUCUGGCACCUUACCUGAGCACAGACUCAUAAAGAGACUACGGUGACUGCCUCAGGGCCAGCAAAAUGAUUUCAUACUGGGUUACAGAUACUAUUCCUUACUGCUGGAUCUCAUAUAAAUGUAAGCAAAGUUGAUGUUUGUAGCAUUUGGCACGACUUUCAUCCAUCCAUCCAUCCAUUUUCUGAGCCGCUUCUCCUCACUGGGGUCGCAGGCGUGCUGGAGCCUAUCUCAGCUAUCAUCGGGCAGGAGCCGGGGUAUACCCUGCACUGGUUGCCAGCCAAUCGCAGGGCACAUACAAACAAACAACCAUUCGCACUCACAGUCACACCUACGGGCAAUUGAGAGUCUCCAAUUAAUGCAUGUUUUUGGGAUGUGGGAGGAAACCGGAGUGCCCGGAGAAAACCCACCAGACAAUCACAGGACACAUAAACCAUUUAAACCCUCAUUCACCAAUAGGCAAUUUAGUCUCUUCAAUUAACCUGCAGUAACAUACAUAUUUUUGGAUUGUGGGUGGAAGAUGGCGUACCAAGAGGAAAACCCACGCAAGCACUGGGAGAACAUGCAAACACCAUACAGGAGGGCCUGAGACAAGAUUCAAACACAUAACUUUGACUUUGAGGCAGACAUGUAACACUGUACUGGGCGAUUCCGAUCAACUUCAAUGUAGCAAUUUGUGGUUUUCUAGUAAUCAGAGCUUGGGCAGGUGUGGUGACUCCUGUGUUGCUGGUUUUAUUUCCAAGUAAUGGCUUUUUCUUGUCACUCAAAUUUCACAUGGGUUUCUGUGCUGGCUGUGAGCAACAGUAUUUAUAAAAUAUAUAGUAUGCAAAUAGUGACUAUAUAUUUGUAUAAAGCAUGACCUUGCUUGAGAUGGCGUUAUAAUCGAGUGCACUGACUAAUUUAUCAUUUUCCUAAUAAAGAGUUAGACAAUAUCAUU